AAUGUCAUUUUUAUUAUUCCUCAGUGAACCUAUAUUUUAUUACAUGUAUUAUUAGAUAAUAAUAUAAUUUAUCAGUAAAUUAUAUCUGCUAAAUUAUUGUGAAAAGUGGUUAAUUAGAGUUUCGAUAUAACCUAGCCAGUUUUAAUUUUAAAUUGUACGAGUGAAGUUACGGACGUUAAAUUUUAAUUUGGAAUGGUUGAUAAAACUGAUUCGAACACUUCGCUUGGUGAGGGAACUUCGCAUCUCUAUACCGAAUAUAAGAAAUAUCAAACUAUGCAUGCUCAGCUGACAAAAGAUCUUGCCGGAAAAAUUAACGAAUCUGCCAAAGAUUCUGAAAAGGCUGAAGGUCUCUGUGAUUGGAGAAGACAGUGCGGAUGUUUGAGGACAAGUGAAAAGUUGAAGUUAAUAUUAAAUUCGUUUCCUGCACCGCCUCCUCCUACGCCUGUUGUAACCCAAAAUACUGGGUUCGAAAACACAUGUAUUUCCGCUUAUUGUACGCAAACACAUCCGCCCUUGCAACGUACGAGCCCGUUGCCAAUAAAACCUGAUAUGGAUAUGGAUACACCAGAGAAGAAACCGGCGAUGCACAGGUCUUGGCAAUUAAUGACAGAGCUGGUACAAAUUUUGCAGUUAUCUGUAACGGCGACGGCUCUCGCGUUUUACUAUGUUAUCUAUUGCUAUAUGCAAUUAAUAUACUAUACUUUGAGAAGCGCACUGUAUUUCCAUAACGCUGAUGGAGCCAUGAAGGUUACAAUAGCAGUUGUGACUUUUACAUCACUUCUCGUUGGUUUCAAUCUGAUUAUUCGAAUGGAGAGACUGAUCGGAAUAUUGUGAUGAAAAUUAAUACAACACUUCAUUCUAACAAGCGGAACUAUAUGAAUUGUGGCAUGCUAUACAGAUAUUUGGGCAAGAUUCGGGGUCUAAUGUUCCGUUACGUGUCGUUGUUCAUAAUGAAAGCGUUUUUGAAUUUAUUUCUUCUGAAUGCAAAUUUUAUUGUUAGGUAUUCUAUUUCAAUUAUAAUUCAUUUACUUUUUUGUUAUGCUAAAUUACACCAGAAUGUCGAAAGUUUGAUGUUUGUGAAAAAAAAGGAAUCCGAAAACAUAUCGAGUUCACAUUAAAUUAAGCACUAAAUUGUUAAAGUACAUUUUUAUUAUUUUAUUGAAAUUAUUAUUUUUGUGGGCCUUGCUAAAAUCAAAAUGUAAUUAAAUCAAUUUAUUAAAUUAUUAUGAAAAUCAUUUGAGGAAAUAAAUGAAAGUAUUGCAUUAUAUACGAA